CGCCGCGGCCCCGGCUCCUCUCGCCGCCGCUCCCGGACCUGCCGCCCGGACCGGCCCCGCUACCUGCCCGGCCGCGAGAGGAGCCACUUCCCCCACCCCAGGAGGAUGGAGAUCCUGCAGCUCCUGCGCCUGCUCCUCACCACCGCCAUGCUGGGCCUCUCCCAGACAGUGAACCCCUUUGUGGCCCAGCAGACCCCCCCAGACCCCUGCUACGAUGAGAGCGGUGCUCCUCGCCGCUGCAUCCCUGAAUUUGUCAAUGCUGCCUUCGGGAAGGAGGUCCAAGCCUCCAGCACGUGCGGGAAGCCCCCAACACGGCACUGCAACGCCUCAGACCCCCGCCGAGCCCACCCACCCGCCUACCUGACUGACCUCAACACUGCCUCCAACAUGACGUGUUGGCGCUCGGAGACCCUCCACCACUCGCCCCAGAAUGUCACCCUCACCCUCUCCCUCGGCAAAAAGUUUGAGGUGGUCUAUGUUAGCCUCCAGUUCUGCUCGCCCCGGCCCGAGUCCACUGCCAUCCUCAAGUCCAUGGACUACGGCAAGACCUGGGUGCCGUACCAGUACUACUCCUCCCAGUGCCGCAAGAUCUACGGCAAGCCCAGCAAAGCCACUGUCACCAAGCAGAACGAGCAGGAGGCCCUGUGCACCGACGGCCUCACCGACCUGUACCCGCUCACCGGCGGGCUCAUUGCCUUCAGCACCCUCGACGGGCGACCCUCCGCCCAGGACUUCGACAGCAGCCCCGUGCUCCAGGACUGGGUGACGGCCACCGACAUCCGCGUGGUCUUCAGCCGCCCGCACCUCUUCCGCGACCUGGGCAGCCGGGACACUGGGGAGGAGGAGGGCGGGGGCGCCAGCUCGACCCCUUACUACUACGCAGUGGGGGAGCUGCAGGUGGGCGGGCGCUGCAAGUGCAACGGGCACGCGGCACGCUGCGUGAAGGACAAGGAGCAGAAGCUGGUGUGCGACUGCAAGCACAACACGGAGGGCCCCGAGUGCGACCGCUGCAAGCCCUUCCACUAUGACCGGCCCUGGCAGCGCGCCAGCGCCCGCGAGGCCAACGAGUGUCUGGCCUGCAACUGCAACCUGCACGCCCGGCGCUGCCGCUUCAACAUGGAGCUGUACAAGUUGUCGGGGCGCAAAAGCGGCGGCGUCUGCCUCAACUGCAGGCACAACACGGCGGGGAGGCACUGCCACUACUGCAAGGAGGGCUUCUACCGUGACCUCAGCAAGUCCAUCACAGACCGCAAGGCCUGCAAAGCUUGUGACUGCCACCCUGUUGGUGCAGCCGGCAAGACCUGCAACCAGACCACGGGGCAGUGCCCGUGCAAGGACGGCGUGACCGGCCUCACCUGCAACCGCUGUGCCAAGGGCUACCAGCAGAGCCGCUCGCCCGUGGCCCCCUGCAUCAAGAUCCCUGCCAUCAACCCCACCUCCCUAGUCACCAGCACAGAGGCACCUGCAGACUGUGACUCCUACUGCAAACCAGCCAAGGGCAACUACAAGAUUAACAUGAAGAAGUACUGCAAGAAGGACUAUGUGGUCCAGGUGAACAUCUUAGAAAUGGAGACGGUGGCCAACUGGGCCAAGUUCACCAUCAACAUCCUCUCUGUCUACAAGUGCCGCGACGAGCGGGUCAAGCGUGGUGACAACUUCUUGUGGAUUCACCUGAAAGACCUGUCCUGCAAGUGCCCCAAGAUCCAGAUUAGCAAGAAGUACUUGGUCAUGGGGAUCAGUGAAAACUCCACUGACCGGCCCGGACUGAUGGCUGACAAGAACAGCCUGGUCAUCCAGUGGCGGGACGCCUGGACACGCCGCCUUCGGAAACUCCAACGGCGGGAGAAGAAGGGGAAGUGUGUGAAGCCCUGAGGUGUUUCCACCCAUCCUGUCCCCACCCCAUGCUCAGCCCCAGCCCGGCUGGGCACUGUCAGACUGCACCCACAGACUCUGUACAUAUAUAUAGUGUGAACAGACUCUCUGUCUAUAGUGUA